AUGGGUGACGCCUCAUUUGAUUUUAUAAAUCCACGAUAUUUGUUGGGUAUUAGUGAUGAACCAAAACAAUUAUUACAACCAAUUACUGGUUAUGCUUAUGAACCAUUAUUAUCAUUAGAAGAAGCAUGCGAACCACUUCUAGAUAUUGUUCCUCGUCUAGAACCUCACAUUUGGAUUGCUAAAGAAAAUUCAAAAACUCCUGCUGAUGGUCUCUCACAAGAUGAAUCAGCGUCUAUUCGUCUUUAUACUAUGGAAUGGGAUGCACCUGCAAAUCAAACACGUGGAAGUCUCUAUUCUCAUCUUAAUCGAACAUUGAAACAAGUUGAUCGAACAAAACUACGACCAUGGUUUCGAUUUCUUAAAUUAUUUGUUACAGCAUUAGCUAAAUUACCAGUAGCUCCUCGACAAACAGUUUGGCGUGGUGUAAGAAAAGAUCAUAGUGCUGAAUAUCCACCAGGUGCCGAAGUAACAUGGUGGGCAUUUUCAUCUUGUACAACAUCAUUAAGUGUUCUUGAGUCAGAUCUUUAUUUGGGUAAUACUGGAACACGAACUCUUUUUUCAGUUGAAACAAUUAAUGGACGAACAAUUCGUGCACAUUCACAUUUCGUAACUGAAGAUGAAAUAUUAUUAUUACCGGGCACCUAUUUCGAAGUAAGAUCUCAAAUAAGUCCGGCACCUGAUCUACAUAUUGUUCAUCUGCAACAAAAGAUUCCACCACAUGUACUUCUUGAACCACCAUUUGAAGGUGCUGAACUUAUUCCAUUUUCUGAAUCUGAUCGACUCUCACGAUCACGUGUUAAGGAACCUGAAGAAUUGGACGAUACUCGUCCUUGGUAUAUGAAAAAAAGAAUAUUAUCUGUUAUAGCUGUUAUAGUAGCGUUAAUAAUCAUGGCUAUUAUAUUAGGAUCAGUAUUAGGCACUCAAAAGAAACAUGCAGCACAAACGACUUCGACUUCGACUCCUACACUUACUACUACAUUCUCAUCUAUUUAUUACAACGGAUCAGUACCUGAUCCAGUAUCUGUUGCAGAUGCAUUCUAUGCAUUUGAUGGAAAUACGAAUGAUCUUUAUUCUCUUCGGAAUGGUGCUGUUGCAGGUGGACCUGUCAGUUAUAUUCAAGGUUAUGUUCCAUAUGGACAAGCUAUUGUUUUAACUCAGUCAAAUGCAACUCAAAUUAAUAUACAACCCGCUUUCAAUUUAACUACUACUUCAAAUUUUACUAUCGAAGGAUUUUUCAUGUUACAAAAAACUCAGUUGAAUGCAACACUUAUUCAACUUGCCCCAAAUAUUAUGUUAAAUCUUGUAAACGGUGUAUUAUUUGCCUCGAUAGGAUUAAAUACUAGUAUUGUGGGUACUUCAGUCCUUUCGACACAACAUUGGCAUCAUAUCAGUUUUGUAUAUUAUGCAACUAAACAGACAGCAACUAUUUCUAUAGAUGGAAUUGUUGAAGCAACAAAUUCAUCUGUUAAAUUAGGAAUAUCAGCAAAUAAUACCAAUUCACUUAUCAUUAUUGGAGCCGGAUUUCAAGGUUAUAUCGAUCAAUUAUCAAUUUCAUUAAAAGCUAAAACUCAAGAUGUAAUACAAUGGGAUGCUACAAUAGCUGCUUAUUAUCGAUUAGAUUUUCAAUGGACACUUGAUUCUGGACCGAAUGGUCUUAAUGCUAGUGGUGUAGAUAUAAAUACAAUUUAUGGUUGGCGAUAUGAUGCACUUAAUUUUAAUAUGUCUGAUGCUUCGUUUCAAGCGAAUGGAUUUACAGCACUUGGAACACCACAACAAGCAUUUUCAGUUGCUUUAUGGGUUCGAGCCGAAACUCAAAGUGGUGUAUUUCUUACUGUAGCUAAUCCAUAUACAUGUUUACUUGUACUUGGUCUUCAAAAUGAUGGAAAUAAGAUUGUGGCUUAUCUACCAAAUGCAACUGCCACAGGAGCUGGUGUAAAUAUUGUUGGACCACAAAUGCCAACUAAUGCAUGGACACAUGUUGCAUUUACGUGGAGUUCAACAAAUUUUGCAAAACUUUAUACAUCAGCUUUAUUGGCUAAUGUUGGUGUUGGUGCAACUACUCUUAAUAAUGUUCGUGGUGGUAAUAAUAGUGCUCCAAUGACAGUUACACUUGGUAAUUAUAGUGGUUCAGCAAAUUGUCAAGGUAUUCAAGGAGUUAAUGUAUCACAAACAUUUAUGGGUUCCUUAGAUGAAGUUUUUGUAUUUGCACGUGAAGCACAACAAGGUGAUUUGCAACAGAUCAUUCAAACAUUACCGAGUUAG